GGUUGUGUAAGACACCGCUUCCUGGUUUCCAGCAUGUGAUCCUCGUCCUUGCAGCAGCAGCAGCUGAUCGGAGUCACCUCGUCACAUACACUGAGUGUUAAAGAUGCUUUUAUCCAACAGGAUCAAGUUUUGCUCUCUGGCCUUCACCGCUGCUCGUCUGUGCAGCAGCGGCCCCGCAGCCGCCAACAACAACCCCACGGUUUACUUCGACAUCUCCGCAGACAACGAGCCGCUGGGCAGAGUCACCUUCGAGCUCAACGCUGAAGUUGUGCCCAAAACCGCAGAGAACUUCCGGGCCCUGUGCACGGGGGAGCAGGGUUUUGGUUACAAGGGAUCGAUUUUCCACAGGGUGAUUCCUCAGUUCAUGUGCCAGGGCGGCGACUUCACAAACCACAAUGGAACUGGAGGGAAAUCUAUCUACGGACGGAAGUUUCCUGAUGAGAACUUCAAACUGACGCACACUGGACCAGGGAUCCUGUCCAUGGCCAACGCUGGACCCAACACCAACGGAUCCCAGUUCUUCAUCUGCACCGAUAAAACCGAAUGGCUGGACGGCAGGCAUGUUGUGUUUGGCAGCGUGAAGGAGGGAAUGGACGUGGUCAAGAAAAUGGAGUCUUUCGGUUCACGGACUGGGCGAACCUCCAAGAAGAUCACAAUCACAGACUGCGGAGAGCUCAAGUAGACGACAUGUGAGCGGGGGACACGGCCCCCCAGUCUCGUCUCCUGUAAUUUCAAUGUGAGGGUCUGAGAGAAACGCUCAGGCCUCGGUCAUGGCACAUGGUGCUGCUCCUCUUUGACAGUAGAUAAUCUCAGAGUUGUGCCAAAACUCCCUAACAAGUGGUGCACUUCACUGUGCAUCACUGUAAAAUGUGAACUUGUAUUAUAGAAUGCAGGGGUCUGCUGAUUUUCAGAGGAAGCUAUUCAUUCAUUAAUUAACUCGGUUUGCAAAAAAUAAUAAAAGGAGUCAUUUUUUCUUCA